AUGCUACCGCAAGGAGACGACCUGCCCAGCGACCAGGCCGCAGGCGACAGUCCCGCUCCAUCCGACAACAUCUUGCAUCCUUUACACCAGCAACAGGAACGACCUCAUAUACCAACAUCACCGACUUCUACUACUACUACUCCUCUAGUCAAAGCAGUUACCACAACCCUCUCAUCUUUGGAGGACAUCUCUCUCACCUUUUGCAACCGACCGCCUCUCCCCUUUCGCUUCCCCAGCUCGGGAUCCCAAGGAUCCGAACAUGACGAGACAAUUAUUCGGAUGGUGGACGACGAGCAGUCUUGGGGAGAUAUCGAGGCUCUUGCGGGCGAGGAGGCAUUUGAUCGAUACUACUCGUUUUUGGAUCCUGGUUUGGAGGAGUUUUGGACACUGGACAGAAUUAAGCAACUUAACGAUGCAGUCAUCGAUCAUGUUGGACGAUUUCUUAAACCUCGGGCAGAAACCAUCCUCAAGGGCACCCAAAAACAUCAUCACCAACAAUGGCACUCCAAGAACAACAAGACUAAUGGCGACAACGACAGCGAAGGCGAGGAUGUUAAGAAGGUUGCCACUUUAUACCCAGUUGUGGUGAUGUCAGCAUGGAUGGAUAUGUGCCGCUGGGAGAAGGUCGCCAGGUCCGUCGAUUCGUCGCCUUUGGUCUGUCAACAUAUUUGGGAGACUGUUGGUGAUGGGCGACCGUUUACCGAAGAGGAGCAGCAUGUUCUGGACGAGAUCAAGGUGGCAGUGAUUGAGAACGGAGCGAGGGUCUCGGCCAUCAAGGACGCUGCCGCCAGAGUGGAAGCAGCCAAGGCCAAGGCAGCACAGGAGGAAGCAGACAGACUUGAGGCAGCUGGGAUCAAGGCGGCCAGAGAGGAGGAGGGACGAAUCGAAGCAGCCGUGAUCAAAGCAGCGCAGGAUGAGGCAGACAGGAAUGAAGCUGAAAGAUUGGAGGCUGAGAGGAUCAAGGCCGCCGAGGCAGAGGCCAAACGAGUCGAGGCGAAAAAGACCAAGGCUGUGAAACGGAGGGCCAAAGCCGAUGCUGCUAGAGAGAAGGCUGAGAAGGAGUCGAAAGUGGGGAAAGUUCUCAAGAGGAAGAAAUCCGGCGACUCAAUAGCUGCGAAGGAGUUGGCGACCAGACAAAAAAUCAUCCUUAUGCAGGAAAACAUCGCAAGGCAGGAAGCCGCAUUAACGGAAGUAACACGAAGACAGACUGCCAAGGAGGUGAACGAAGAUGCACGGGGCACCAGCAAAGUCAAGCGGGAGACGGCCUUGGCCGCAGCAAAAGCUUGGGAGAUGGCUGUCAGAGGAAUGGUGGCCAGGAAAGCGGAGAUACAGUCGGUAGCGGCCAAGCGACAAUGUAAUGUAUCAAGGAGCCAGGCUGAUUUGGAUCGGGAUCAGGAUCUUUCAUUGAGCUCCGGUAGUACCUUGGAAAACAAGCGCAAGAUUGGCAAAAUGGAAGCAUUAUUGCCUCCCGCCACAUUCAAUCCCACCACCACCACCACCACUGCUGAUCAGGAGGAUCGCCCGCCACAGCAGGACACAAUUGUUCCACGGCCAAUACUCCGCUCCUCCUCUUCGAUCUCCUGCUCUUCGCUUAUCAGUCCAGCGCCGUCUCCACAGGGCGAAUCGCUUGACUUUCAGCUUUCAAAACACACUCGACGCUGCUCUUCGCCAGAAACCUUAAGUGUUUCGACCGUCACAUCAACGGAAACAAAAGCAACAACUCCGACGCCGACAGCGAUAAAGUCAACAACCAAAACUUCUCCCCCUCCAGCACCUCUCCUCUCUGACAACCACGACACAGCUCCCAAGGCGCCAUCAUUUACACUGUCCAAUCUCCCACCCACCUCAUUCCCACAGGGCGCAGAUGUUCAAGAGCGGAUAAAGAAGCUGACGACGAUGAAGAAGGUCUUGACGGACUGUAGUCAGACCAUGGAGCUCCAGUGUCAGGACCAACGAGCUGAGACCGAUAUCCUUCUCCGACAGCGGGACGCGGCCAUUAAGGCAGCCAAGGCUCGACGACAGCGAGGCGACAGCAACAACACAUCAAGUCACCACGAGAACGAUAGGACCAACUCUUUUCAGAAUCCUCCAGAGGGCCGUAUUCUUGCCUCCUUCAAUGCUCCGGAGAAAUCGACCCCAGUGCGUACGGGUCUGCCUUCGCCGGUCACACCAAACCAACAUCCAGUCUCCCUGUCACCAGAAUUUCCUGCAGCAGCACCAAAGACUGCGUCCCCGCCUGUGAUCGAUUUGACAGAGGACGACGAACAUGGCCUAUCUAUCGCGACAUCAGCCAUGCAACAACAGUCCCUGCCACAGCACGAUCACCGACCACAGCAGCUGCCGCCGUUGCAGCAACAACAACAGGAGUCACAACAAAUCCUUCAAGCUCAACAAUGCUACCACCGCCAACAAUACUUUGUACAACAACGUCUCCAGCAGAGUCAACAACAACGACAACAACAACAACAACAACUACAACUACCACAACAACAGCAACCUCUUUUACAGCACCCACAACCGACAAAAUCGCUUGGUCUGCCCGUGCAGCCUGUUCAGUCCUCGUUUCCACAGGCCUCUCCAAACCAUCAGCAAAUGCAGGAGUUCCUUCUGGAGCAGGUCCGGAAAAGUCCUGAGCUUCACAAACUACACCAACAACACGCAAUCGAGAAAAAACAACUUAUCAAACAACAGCAACUUGACAGGCAGAGGCUUGCAGACCAGCAACUCGUGACAGCUCAACAUCUGGCCUACCAACGACAUAGUGACGAGCAGUUGCACUUGGCGGCGGUGGACAAGUGGCGACAGCGGGAGCAAGCCUGGACAAGACGGAUGCAGGAGAUCCAUCAGAAAGAGCAGAUUCUUGGCUCUAAAUUGGAAGUCCACCGCCAACACAACCUGCAGCUCCGGCAGGCCAUCCUCCUCGGCGAACAGAAGCAACGGCAACAACAACCCGCGGUCACUCCUGAGCAGAUCAAGCAACUGCAUAUGAAUCAGAGGCUACAACUGGCAACAUCACAGCAGCAUAGCUACACGGCGCUUCAAUCUGCUCCGGUGGCUCAACAGGUUCAAGCAAUGGUGAAUCUCCACCGGCUAUGUAUGGCCGAGGCUCAAGCGCUCUUGACGCAGCAGAAGGGCUCGAAGGAGAAGGCGGAUUGUCUCUUUCACCGUCAGGAAGAGACCAGGAGGGCGGUUCAGUUGCUUCAGCUCCAGCUGCAUCAGGUUCAGGGAAACGAGAUGGCAGUAUUAAAGCUGCUCGAAGGCCUUCACGUUCAGAGACAGGAACAGGAACGUGAGCGUAUCGCCUUGCUGCAAGAGCACCAGUUUCUACAACAGAAGCUGCAAAUUAUACCUGCGUCGUCGUCGUCGUCGUUGUCGCUACCGCAGGGACCCAUGGCUGCACAAGGCACGGCACCUGUGAAUUUGGCCGCAUCGCAGCAGCAGCAGCAGCAGCAGCUACUGAACGAGAAGUAUGUGAUGGACGAACAACUGCGUCAACAACUCUCACAGCAACGAGACAUUCAGCGCAAGCAGCAUUUGCAAGACCAAGUCGACCUCCAGAAGGCUCAAAAGAAUGCUCUGUUACGGCAGGAGCGCAUCAUCGCAAACGUCCGCCUCCAGGGUCUCACACAGACGACAUCUCAGGAUCAGCCUGGUCAGUCUUGGUCAGGAGUGCAGGCUCAGCAACAGCAGCAGGCACAGACGAUAAUGGUACAGGAGCAACAAGUCAGUAAGGGCGGUCCACCUGCCUUUGUCUUUCCGACUUUCCCUAACCCACUCAACCGACCAAGCGCCACCAAGCCGAUUUCUUUGCCACCUCAGCCAGCGCCAGUCGUUCAGGAUCCACUCCAACCUCAGCCUGAGUCUCCACCACUACAAGCACCAGCGACUGCCCAGCCUCAGCAACCUACAUCGACAUCACAGCCUUCUCAACGUCCUACAUCAGGUACAGCUUUGACCUCAGCACCACCAACGACACAACAUCAGCAACCAAGGCCUGAGUCGACAACUGCAGCAUCCAGGCUGGCAGCCAUCUUCCCGUUCCCCAAUCUUCAAUACGACAUUACAGAGUGGACAGCCGAGGAUAAGAACCGGCUUUGGACGACGUGGUUGGAAGUGGGCGACGACUGGGAGCAGAUCUCGACCAAGGGGCUCCGCGGAAAAUUUUCUGCCGAGGCCUGUCGCGCUGUCAUCCUUGGCACUGCUUCCUGA